AUGAAACUCUCUUACUUGAUUCUACUGUCAGUGCUCGGUGUGGUUGUGUGUCAGAACUAUGAUGAUUAUUCAGAUGUCUUUGGGACCAGCAACAGUUAUGAUUACUAUCCGGCAGUGCCACAACAGAUCAUACAAACACCAACCUCAGGACCUGGACAGACCGUAGUGGAUUUCCAGACAGAGCCGACUGAACCUGGACCUCUGGACUGUCGUGAGGAACAGUAUCCCUGCACUCGACUCUAUUCUGUCCAUCAGCCGUGUAAACAAUGUCUCAACAGCAUCUGCUUCUACAGUUUGCGGAGGGUUUAUGUGAUCAAUAAAGAGAUUUGUGUCAGGACAGUUUGUGCCCAUGAGGAGCUGCUCAGAGCGGAUCUGUGCCGGGAUCAGUUUUCUCGCUGUGGUGUAGUUGCAGUUAGUGGUCAGUGUGGAGCGAUGGGCGGGACCUGUGCCAAGAGCUGUGGAUCCUGUUAAACGCACACACACACACACACACACACACACACACACACACACACACACACACACACACACACACACACACACACACACACACACACACACACAGCACACACACACACACACACACACACACACACACACACACACACACACACACACACACACACACACACACACACACACACACACACACACACAUGUGCGAGCCCUGGUACUGCCUACUGAUAUGCUUAGACCAGCCCCUCUUGUGUAGAGUUCACCCCCUCCCCAAAAACAUUCAAGACACAAAACAUAAAAUGUGAUGAAACAUCAACUCUUUUGGUUGGUAGCUUAAUUUCACCACAUUCAUCACAUUUCGUUGCAUUCUCAUCAAAUUUGUUUACAUAUCUGCAUCAGAAUAUAUAUCACGUAUACAUUCAGCUCUUUCCUGUUUUCUCCACCCCUCCUCUGUCUAUGUCUGUCUCUCUCUUUAUACGUACAGUAUGUGAUGUUUUUGGGCUCAUAUGAAGUGAUAUUAACUGUAAUAUAAUCAAUUGGUUCAGUGUUUAUGGUGCUAUUGUAUCCUGUGAUGCAGGACAAACGUUACGGUCAUCAUUCGGUGCUGUUGUUGUCGUUAUUGUUUAUUUGUGUGUUGUGUCUCGGGUGAGUUACACUGAACUUGACCCUUCACAUCUGAUCUCAGGUCAGAUUUAAAGACCUGCAGGCACUGAUCACCUUAAGAACAGCUACUGGAACGCAGAUCUGCGCUGACGACUUCUGCAGACAUGCGCAGAUGAUGCAGUCUGGGUUCAGUUGUCGUAUUUUACUAUCCUGUAUUACUGUACUAUUGCCUGGCUGUACCAAAAACCCUUAAAAAUAAAACACUUUGUACUUUGAGUAUGAACAUCACGUGAGAUUUAUACGAGAUGUGGGUCAGGUGUCCAUUUUACUUGUCAUUCCACGAAAUCGGUGCCUUUUCAACAUUGAAAAUUUUAAAUAUAAAGUAAGUUUAAUGUCUUUUUUCUUAAUGUCCAUACAAUGAACACAUCUUAAAAUUUCAUGAAAUUGUGUGGUGUCAUCUCAGGCUCUUUAAUUUUUUAUUUUAUGACAUUUUAUUUGCCUCGUUUGAAUUUUUUGUCAUCCCUGUUACAGACACAAGUUGUACUAUAUACUGUAUUUUUCAAUAGAACUAUGUAAUAGUUGUUAUACUGUAUAUACAUGUAGUAUUUUUGUCCCUCUUUUCACUGGGAUUGUUUUUAAUUAUGGAUUUCUUAUUUAAGUCUUAUAUAUGUCAUUCGGAUGACCAAAAACAUCCUAAUUUUUAAAAGGUGAACACAUGUCAAUUAAGAAAAAUGUAGUUUUUUACAAGAGAAAUAUGAAAAGAAUGGCUUUGUUUAAAAUACCAUAUAGUUAAGGUUACAAUGGAAAAACCUGGAAGGCCAUUUCAAAUAUCAUCUUUAUAUUUUAAUGAAAUUAAUGAUAGCAACAGGAUUGAUGUCUAAGUUACAGGACUGACCAGAGUAACAGGGAUGACAGGACACAUUCGUCGGCAUAAACUGCACAUAUUUGUUUGCCUCACAGAACCUAAAAUAUACUUAUCUGGUAUACUAGGCAAAGAAUAUGAUCAGAUCUUGGUCUUCCUAUGAUCGUCUGAAACCAGACCAAGAUGCUGAAAUUUGGUUUCACGUUCUUGAACAUUGCAAAUUGGGGCGAGGGUCUGUAGUCACUCUAUACUGCUCUUGUUUGCAAUUGCACUAACAAUAAAUGCAUUAUUGACAAUGAGUUGUGUGGAAUAAUGUCUUUAUUGAGGCUAAUCGACCUUAUCCAGGUCAUUAACACAUUAAAACCAUCUGGCAACAUUAAAUCUAUUAAACAGCCAGCAUUUAAAACACCUCACUACGGCAACUGACACAGGACAAACAUGUCGUCAUGUUUUCGCUUCUUUGCCGAAGGAGAUUUACAGAACACGCUCUGUAGAGCCGUUGGUCUGUUUAGGGCUACUGUACAAUCAACAUGGCGAAUUCUUUGUAUGUAGAUGGAAAUAACUCAUUCUAAGAUAAUAAAAACAUAAGGCUUUAUUAUGUAAGGUCUUUAUACAUUAUAUAUAUAUUAUAUUGCAUGUCUGUCAGUAGAUCUUCCUAAAUAUUACACACAGCACCUUUAAGAAAUAGAGCUUUAAAAAAUUAGAUGCUCUACGCUGCCAACAUGGUCACAAAACCAUGACUCUGUUAUUAGUAGACGUGUGAAUUUCACUAGAAUUGAUAACGAAAAGUGAUAGGGGUCAUUAAACUGCCUGCUGGUCUUGAGAAAAACUCUUCAGGUCGGCACAUUCUUUGCUUUUCCUUCCAGCAUCUUCUGCAUAGUUGACCCCUUAUGAUGUUAAGAUCCAUCUUUUCACUCUGAAAACAAUCGAGAGACUCAUACACAACUAAUAAUACAAAAACUGCAAACAUGUACUGAUGCUCAACACACCACAUAAAGUGCCAGCUAGAGGGAAAGCUUGAACAGGAUGGUCUGUGUAAAUGAAAUAUGUAGGGGUCAUUCCACGAAAUGGGUGCCUUUUGUGUCCCUGAUGAAUAAUCAGACAUAGAAUUACUUUAACAACAAUAUAUUUUUAUUUAAACGGAUACCAACGCUACAUGUUAUUUCAUCAAUAUUACAUCAAAAUAAAGUCAAAUAAAUAUUAUUUAAAAUAAUUAAAAUUGUAUUUAUGCUGGUAAGUGUAAAGUUUUUGGCCUGUCCCUUGCAAUGAUUUUCAUUUUUCAGCAGUACUUUUACCUUGCAAAUUAAGGAAAUAUGUAAAAAAAAAAUGUCCAUAUUAUUCUGUAGUGUAGUGUAGCCUCAUUAUUAAACAAUGUUUUGAAAUAAGUAUACAUUAUCAGUUUAAAAUAUAAACCAUUUUAUGUAUGUCCCUGAUUUUAUGGGACAUAUUUUACUUCCAUAGGGUUACUUUCACCACAAAACCCCUUGUAAAAUAAUGGUACAUUCUGUUACAUCAUCUCCCCAGUGUGAUUCCAACAGGAAAAACACAAGUAAGUUUGUCUCUCUCUUCAAUAAUGUUUAAUUUUUAAUGAUUUAUGAGGUUUAACUGAGAGGGGACCACAUGCAAUGUCAAACCUGUUAGGCGCGAUUGCGCCUUUGUUUUUCUGCAGCACUCAAUGGCAUACUACUAUAAUGUGUAAAAGUGUAUACAUAAAUAUUUAAAUAGUUUUAACAUGAUUUCGUUUAUUUUAUAUAGUUUUUUUUAACACUAAUAACCAGAAGCACAUACUAACAAUACUAAUACUAACCACUAACUAAAAUGUAAUUGAUGCUGUUAUGCCCCUCACAAUGAAAUAUAUAGGAAUUAGCUCAAUAACACACACAGGAUGAUCUUUAAAAAUAAUUGCAUUUUACACAGAUACACCUUAAAAACAGGAAGGUAACAGGGAUGACAGUAACAGGAUUGACAGUUUCAUGCUAAUUUGCUAACUGCUAGCUAAUGGUCACCGACACGAAAGCACAUGCUGUACAUUUUGAAACGAUAUUAUUUGUAGAUAUUGAUUAUAUUAAGUUAAACGAAAAAUGUUACACAGUAAUAUUUUAAAAAUAGCAACAGGGUUGACAUUGCAUGUGGUCCCCUCUCAGUUAAACCUCAUAAAU